GAUUCAGUCACUGAGAGGGGGGGGAAAAAAUUGUAUCUUGAAUAUGGCUUUGUGACUUUUUCAGGUUUAUUGCCAAACCAUGUGCCAUAAACCUGGGCAUUCAAGACAGCGGACCUCACAGAGCUCAACCCAAUGCAAUUCUAGAGAAAGUGUUUACAUCCAUCACCAAGUCUCCAGAUGGAAGAAGGUUAGAAGGGUUGUCAAAGCAGCUAGACUGGGAUGUUCGAAAGAUCCAGCGCUGGUUUCGUCAUCGGAGGAACCAGGACAAACCCACCAUCCUCACUAAAUUUUGUGAGAGCAUGUGGAGAUUUACAUUUUAUUUAAGUAUAUUUUCUUAUGGAAUCAGAUUUCUCUGGUCGACCCCCUGGUUUUGGGACACACGACAAUGCUGGUACAACUACCCUUUCCAGCCCCUAACAUCCAGCCUUUACUAUUACUAUAUCAUGGAGCUGGCCUUCUAUUGGUCUCUCAUGUUUUCUCAGUUUACAGACAUUAAACGAAAGGAUUUUCUUAUCAUGUUUGUCCAUCACUUGGCUACAAUUGGACUUAUUACAUUCUCCUAUAUGAACAACAUGGUGCGGGUAGGGACGCUGGUGCUGUGCCUCCACGAUGCCUCAGACUUCCUCCUAGAGGCUGCAAAACUGGCCAAUUACGCCAAAUACCAACGUCUCUGUGAUGCCACCUUCAUGCUCUUUAGUGUUGUGUUCAUCGUGACUCGACUAGGUAUUUACCCAUACUGGAUCUUGAAUACAACCCUGUUUGAGAGCUGGGAGCUGAUUGGUCCUUAUCCUUCUUGGUGGCUGUUCAAUGGACUCUUGGUAACUCUGCAGGUUCUGCACAUCAUCUGGUCCUAUCUCAUCAUUCGCAUUGCUUACAAGGCCCUCAUGCGGGGAAAGGUAUCAAAAGAUGAUCGCAGUGAUGUGGAGAGCAGCUCUGAAGAGGAAGACACAACUUCAAACAGCACAAAAGGAAACUUCUGCACUUCAAGCAAUGGCGCCAAUCGGAUUAAUGGCCACAUACCUACUGGCCAGUGGGCAGAAGAGGAGUAAGGCCGGGGGGAGGCCAUCAGCAAACACAGACUUUUCUUUCACUAUCUAAAUGUGUUGAGCUCCAUGUUCCCAAGUGAUCUUUUAAUCAAAAUCCCUUUCCCUGAAAACCUCCCUGAAAUCCAUAUGGGCACAAUGUAAACGAGUCUAAGCCUUCACAGUGCAGAAGGGAUAGAGCUGACAACUAGUACAAAAGCAAACGCGAAUUUCACUUUUUUAAAGAGAACAAGCCAUUUUCUAUUUAAGUCUCCUUGUCCCCUCUGUCAUGUUGUUUGCAGAAGUAUUUUUGUUUGUCACAAACAAGUUU